AUGGGAUCUCCUGAGGUGCAGCUGGGAUCCCAGGGCUAUGAUAUCUGCUGCUCAGUACACAGCAGUAUGAAGUAUGAAGGCCAGCCGGAACGUAAAUAUUCUCAGUCUUCUCUCCUCUGUUCCUGUGCUCUUUCAGGUAGAACCAGCCUGCAUGGCAAAGCGUCUCUGCAGAUCGACCAGGUGCGCUCAGAAGACCAGGGCUGGUAUGAGUGCAGGGUCCUCAUGCUGGAACAACAAUAUGACACCUUCCACAACGGCAGCUGGGUUCACCUCACAGUCAACGCGCCCCCUACGUUCGCGGACACGCCACCGCAGUACGUGGAGGCGAGGGAGGGUGGCAGCAUUACUCUGACCUGCACUGCCUUUGGAAACCCCAAGCCGGUGGUCACCUGGCUGAGAGAGGGGGAUCAGCUGACCAGCAACAAGAAAUACAUGGUGACUGACGGAAGUUUGACAGUGCAGGCCAUCACGCGGGAGGACCGGGGGGCCUACAGCUGCCGUGCCCACAGUGACCAGGGGGAGGCGCUACACACAACCCGCUUGCUGGUGCAAGGUCCUCCUUACAUCGUGUCACCACCUGAGAACAUCACUGUUAACAUUUCCCAGAAUGCCCAAUUUACGUGCCAAGCAGAGGCGUAUCCUGGCAACCUGACCUACACUUGGUUCUGGGAGGAAGACAACGUCUACUUCAAGAAUGAUCUGAAGCUCCGUGUGCGCAUCUUUAUUGACGGAACCCUCAUUAUCUACAGAGUGAAGCCAGAGGAUGCUGGGAAAUACACAUGCAGCCCUAGUAACAGCCUGGGUAUAUCCCCCUCUGCUUCAGCUUACCUGACCGUGCAAUACCCUGCCCGUGUUGUGAACAUGCCACCUGUCAUAUACGCCCCGAGGAAGUUGCCGGGAAUCAUUCGGUGCCCAGUGGAUGCCAACCCUCCAGUUAUUUCAGUCCGAUGGGAGAAAGAUGGCUACCCACUCAGAAUCGAGAAGUAUCCUGGAUGGAGCCAAAUGGCAGAUGGAAGCAUUCGGGUGGCAGAGGUCACUGAAGACUCCCUUGGCACCUACACCUGUGUGCCUUACAAUGUCCUAGGUACCAUGGGACAGUCCCCUCCAGCCACUCUGGUGCUAAAGGACCCCCCUUACUUCAACGUGAGGCCCGGGGGGGAGUACCGUCAGGAGGCGGGGAGAGAGCUGGUCAUCCCCUGCGCUGCUUCUGGAGACCCUGAGAUUCCUACCAUCGUAUGGAGAAAGGUCGGUAAGCCCAGCAGAAGUAAACAUAACAUCUUAUCAAGUGGUAGCUUGCAAUUCAUGUCUCUGAGCAAAGAGGAUCAUGGAGAGUGGGAAUGUGUCGCCACCAACGUAGUAACAAGCAUCACUGCCAGCACACGCCUUUUUGUAAUAGGCACUAGUCCACAUGCACCAACUAAUGUCCACGUGUCAGCAUCCACAAGCUCCGCUAACGUUUCCUGGGAACCUGGAUAUGACGGAGGCUUUGAACAGACGUUCUCGGUCUGGUAUGGCCCGGUGAAGGUGAAGAAUGAUUUAGGGCCACAUGAUUGGCUCUCCAUACCUGUGCCUGGCUCUCAGACGUGGUUGAUGGUCCAGGGGUUGGAGUUAAAGACUGCCUAUCAAUUCAGUGUGCUGGCCCAGAACAAGCUGGGCACUGGCCCCUUCAGUGAGGUAGUCACUGUGACUACAGGAGGGUAUCCCAUAAGUACCCCUGAACCACUGGUGCUUCUAACUCCACCACGGUGCCUCACAGCCAACCGGACACAGCAGGGUGUAUUGUUGACAUGGCUUCCUCCGGCCAAUCACUCUUCACCGAUCGACCGUUACAUCAUUGAGUUUCGUCUGGGAGAAAGGUGGGAGGUUCUGGAUGACUUGAUUCCUGCCACUGAGACUGAGAUCAUAGCAAGAGACCUCAUUCAGGACUCUUGGUAUGAAUUCCGAGCGCUAGCUGUAAUGGAUGAUCUUGUCAGUGAGAGCAGUAAUGUGGUGGGAGUGUCAAGUACAGACCCCUUCCCUCCCACAGAGAUAUCCGACGAGGGGCUGGCCAGGCCAGUGGUGGCCGGCAUCGUGGCCACCAUUUGUUUCUUGGCGGCUGCCAUCCUCUUCAGCACUCUAGCUGCGUGUUUCGUCAACAAACAGCAUCGUCGCAAGCUCAAACGCAAGCGAGACCCUCCACUAUCGAUUACGCACACACGGAAAAGCAUUGAAUCUCCGCCUCCUCUUACCCCCUUGCCUGGCAUUGAGCCCUACUGGGAAGAGCCAGACAGGAGCAGCUACAGGCCCCCAUCUACCAGCCCUCAGCUGUCCUCUGGGAAGAUCAGUCCUGAGAGCAUUGCUUCCUCCCGGCCCCCGUCUCUGGCCAGCGUGGGUGGCCACAGUCUAUACGUUAAGAAGUUGCCAAGCCCCAGGAAAGAGAAAGAGCUUUCCCUCUAUAAGAAAACCAAGAGAGCAAUAACCAGUAAGAAGUACAGUGUGUCCAAGCACGAGUCUGAGGUCACCACGCCCAUCGAGCUGAUCAGCCGUGGACCCGAUGGAAGAUUCAUCAUGGACCCAAGUGGCAUCGACACGUCCCUCAAGCCCAGACGCAUUGAGGGUUUCCCCUUUGUGGAGGAAUCAGACUUGUAUCCUGAGUUCCGCCAAUCAGAUGAGGAGAACGAUGACCCAGGGCCCCUACCCCCAGUCAUGGCCACCCUCAGGCCCCAGAUAUCCCCUGUGUCCUCCAGCCAGGAGUCCUACAUGCAGCCCCCAGCCUACAGCCCCCGGUUCCAGAGACCCAUGGAAGGUAUGAGCAUCUCGGAGGGUAGUCGGCUUCAGGCCACAGGGCAGAGCCGGGUCUCCCAUUUUCACAGGGUCUUCCCUCCAGGCCCCUUCUAUGGCUAUCUAGGUAGUGGUGCUGAGGUGGAGCUUCACCCUCCGUUUUACAUGCCUGAUGUUAGUCCACGUAGCUCUGCCAUGUCCUCCUCACCUUCAUACCCCCCCGAGGGGCCGUUUCGCCAUCCCACCAUCCCAGAGGAGAGGGAGGAGCUGAGGAUCCAUCAGUACGGUGCCUCCGGCCACGCCCUCCCACUGGUGCAUAGCCCUCCCUCCUCUCGCUCAACCGAGAUCUGGCAGCCUCCUGACUUCCCCUUUCUGGGUCAGGAGGGUCCCCGUCUCACUCUUCCACCACGUCAUUCCUCAUAUCUCCACCGGGACCUCCCCGAGCCCCCGCCAUACCCCUCCCAUAGUCGCACUCUUAGCACCACCUCUCAGCUCCCUUCAAGCUCUGCUUUCCUCCAGCUGGAGGCCCCUAGAGCCCAACUGAGCAGAUCUCCCGGCAGGUUCCCGCCUCAGGGCCCUUCAGUCAAGCAUUUAACUAUGCAACAGGCCCAGACUCUGGGGCAGUUGAGACACACUGCCCACGGUAUGGGCGUACCAGUGUUGCCUUACCUAGGCGCCACGGCUCGCAUGGGGAGCCCAAGCACACUGCACAGUGAGAGCUCGGACGGCUGGAGGUCCGAGGCCCAGCCUUGGCUGAGCCCCAGGGCAUCACGAAGGAUGGAUCUCGGCCUGCAGCAGGUGGUCCUGCAGCCGUCACGACUCUCCCCACUGACCCAGACCCCUCCCAGCUCACAUGCCGGCUCUCCAGACAUUCUCGUCCGCCCUCCUCCCCGUCCCAGCAUCCUGCGGUCUUCCCGCUCUCAAGAGAUGCCCGAGAGUGCCCGUCACCCUGCCAGUGUCUCCUUUUCCCGAAGGUCUCUCUCCUCUUCCCCUGCCACUUCACCUACCCAAAGCCAGAGUGGCCAGCGGGCCAGCCUCAGCUAUCGUGCCCACAUGGCCUUUGCCACAGCCGCGGCCAGCUACCCCUCCCAGUCCCCUUCACCCCCCACGGAGAGCAGUGAUGCUUUCGGCCAGAUGCCAUCUCAGAGAAGGACAGAUGAGGAGAUGCUCCCCUCAGAACCCUCUCCAGGGGAGCAUCUAGGUGCAGUGAGAGUCCCUGCAGGGUCUGAGAGCUUUGAAGCACUGAUAUAUUAUUGUAUUAAUAAAGCCAAGAAAUCAUCAGCCAACAAGAACAACAACUCCAGAUUCAAGAAAAGGACAGAUGUGUCCACCUCUCAGACCCAGCAGCCGCAUGCAUCUCAGGCCUCUGAGCAAAGAGAACAUCUCAGCUCUCCCUCAAAGAAAAAGUGGAAAAGUACACUUAGAAAGUCCCCUUGUCUCCAUCUGUCCUCUCUGCUGCGCUGGCUUCACCCCAGAGAAGACAGAAAAUCCCUGCUGGCCAGUAUGGACCCUGCCCCUUCAAACUAUGGUUCUCUGCUCUGAGAGCCCCCCUCCCGCCAAAACUCACUAAAACUUAUCCUGUGGGGCGGAUCGUCUUCUUGUCCGUUAGCAAAAAAAAACGUAUAAUGGACAAGCUCUCAGUACUGUUUUGUAAUCAGUCUAAACUAGAUACAAUUUAUUAUGUUCUUCGGUUGGCACAAUAUACUACACAUAUCUGUAUUUUCUGUAAAUUUACACUAAGGAAAAACAUACAGGGGUGCUCUUUUAGAAGAAACAGAAAACUGGACAGGACAAAAGCUUUUCUUUUGAUAAUAAAAAGAAAAAUUAGCAUUCCAUUACAUGCUAGGAAAAAUAUCGCUGGCCAUAACGUCGUCAGAACUGUGUAUAUUGUAAAGGAUAGAGAGUUAAAUGCUCUGUACAAAUAUGUCUCUCAAGACGUGAUAGUUACUACAGGGUUUCUUUUCAUCCUUCUACAAAAUAUACCUCAAAAGAGAGAAAAAUAAAUAAUCUGGAACAUAUUUCAGCACUUCUACCAUAUUUUGUGCAAGCUAGCAUAAUUCGUUUUGGAUGACAUACUGUAUGUUGUCUGUUUGUGGCAAAGCUUGACAGAACAUGAGGGAUUAAUGUAAACUCUUUUAAAUUGGUUUAUAACAUUUAACAUAAAAUAUAAAGCACAGAAUAUCAUCGAAAUUGUAAGCUUGAAAAGAAUGGCUGCAGUACUAGACUUGUCCUGCUUCAAUAUUUAAACAGAUAUUCACACUUUUUUAUUCCAUGCAAAGGCAAGUGAAACUGAAAACAUGCUUUCUUAUUUAUUUUUUGAAUAAUUUACAUUAUUUUUUUUGGGGAAAAAAAUUGGACAGCUUUAAAGCACUUUUUAUCUGUGGUUGGAGGUAGAUUAAUAAUAGCCCCCUGCUAAAAAAAAUAUAUAUUCAGGUACAUUUAGAAAUAUGCUUUUUGACAUGUUCAGAUGACAUAAGUGGAAAUGUAAUAUUUAAACUGAAGUACAAUACUUGGUCCUUGUCUUGCACAAAUGUAGUUAGAAGUGGUGAAAUGCAUUAUUAAUCUUCACGUCACUUCCUUGAAGUAAAUAAUUUGUUAUAUGUUGCUUUGGACACAGUACAAAAAAAAAGGAAGUGCAGUAGAUAUUGUGCAGAUUAAUGAAGACAUCAAUAUAAAAUAGAGAAGUGAAAUAGUCCUUACUCUGAUCAGUGGAAGAAAAAAAAAGAAAAAGAUGUUCUUGGGUUACUUUCUACCUACAAAAGUGAACCUCCAAAAGUAGCUUGACUCUUUUUGAAAUCAAUUUCAGUAAUUGUAUUGUAAUCUUUACUAUCUGUCAUCCAUCACGACUCACCUGAUGACAUGGCAAAGUUUGUGUUAUUUGAAUUAAUGAUGAGUUUAGAAGGAUGUUUAUUGUCUCUAGAGUUCACUAACAGCUGCUGAUUUGCUACCUACAGUACAGUGAAAGCUAAUUGAGCAUAUGCUAGUUUAGUUUAACCGAUGGUGAAUGUAUGAUUUGCUCUUAGAAGAUCAGAUUUAUCUGAAUAUUUUCAAUGUGAUGUUUUCUCUCUUUUAGCUCGUUUACGCACCGAUGCGAUUACUCCAAAAUGAAUCUUCUUCUGUGAAUGGAAUUGAAUAAUGAGGAAAUUGAAUGAAAUUUCAUGCAGUACUUGAAUAAGGCUGAAUAUACAAGCAGGAAACGCUGGGAUGAAUUUCUUUGUAUAGAGAUUCGUAGUAGCCUUUUUGAGUUUAGAAGAUUUGACUUAAGUGCCCAAAGGGUUUACUUUGUCUUUUCUUUAUCUUUCUUUUUAUACAACUAUUUUACUCGACAUGACAACGAAUGCUCAAACAUCUGCAGUGAUGUAUGUUUGAGCUAUUCAGUAUUAUAUUCUGUUGCUUAUUUCUAUGUAUGUCUUCAUCUUUACUACACUGUAAAAAAUGAUAUGAUCAAUAAGUUAUGGCAACAUAUGGGGUAAAGUUCAGGGUGAUUGGGACACUUUUGCCAUUGAGAUGCCUCUGAAAAAUUGUCCCAAUCAACCUGAAUUCAUCCUGUUUUUACAUUGCUUUAACUCCUCAAAAUAAGUUAAGAAAUGUUCAACUUUUCACGAGAUUCAACUCACUUUUUUUAUGUAAAUUAAGUUGAAGUGACUUAAACAUCUAAGUUGAUUGUACUUAAAAUAUUUAAGGCAGCAACUUUUUUCUUUUUUUACAGUGAAAGCUUUUCCAUGUGGUGCAAUUCAUAAGGCUGCUUUAAUCGUGUAGUCUCUGAGAGGAGAGGGCAGUGUUCAUUUUUUAGUUAUUCUUGAAUACCUGCCUUUUAGCUGUCGGGAGAAAAGUGUUAAAGUUAGACUUAACUGUUUUUUCGCUACGUGUUUUGUCAAGUUCCGUCAAUAACUCAUUGCUAAUAAGUCCUACAACAACCACAUAAUGUUUACAUGAUCUAGAAAUAUAACGUGCAAGGAUGUAGGCACAUUGUACACAUUAUGACUUGGUGCUAUGUCUUUUUGAACUCGUGGUGCUGUGGUUCAGAGGUUAACACACAAACUCACGCACAGUCCUCUGUCUUUAACUUAAACUAGCUCCGUCGUGAUUUCCGUCGUGGUGAGUAGGGCCGCAAGCAAUAAAACCUCUCUCUCACAGGGCAGGUCCUGUGCGCUCACUAUCUUUUAGUAUGGAAACCGUUAAAGGUGUUCAAUAAAGAUCGGUUUUGACAUUCACUAUGUGCUUACGUCAUCGCGUGAACGUUCGCCGUCGCCGUGAAUAAAAACCUUCCUAUUUAGAAGGGUUUAUAAAGAUGAAUUUGCCAGUCUUGUGGAGGCAACUUAUCAAAUGUAUAAUCCAUGAAAUGUACCCACGGUAUGAUAGUAAAUUUUUCAUUUAGCAUGGAAAUACCUGGUCACUCGAGCAGGUGGAGGUCAGAUGCGUCAAGCGGCGACAUUUCUGUUUUAUAGUGUUUUUCAUGGACACGGUGGAGCGAUGCAUCCUCAAAUAAAGCUGCCACGCUGAUUUAAGAUGUGGGUGCAGUGUCGCUGUAUAUCUGUGGAUGGUGAUUGACGGCAUUUUAUUCAGCUCCUCUGUGGUCUUUGUUGGGAGGACCCGACUGAAACGUUUCUCUUGUUGAAUAUGACCUACUGUACAGGUAGACACACGCCUCCUUUUGCUUCUGGAAGAGGGCUCAUUUGCAGAAAGUGUCAUAUCAACUCUUUGAUUGCCUGUAUUCAGUUUUGUGCUUACUUCUUAUGGUGCUUUGUGAAACUUUAUUUCCCUUUUUUUUAUUGAACAGAACUAACCUGAUAGGCCUAAUCAAGAUAUUUCACUCGUUCGGAUCUGUCUGUCUCGUUUCAGAUAAUGUACAUCUUUUUGUUCUUGAUUCUUUUGCUGUUCAUAUUAACCAGCACUGAAAACUUAGAAUGUAAUACUGCAUUAUGCACUAAUUUAUGACUGUUUUAACAUUAAACCUCAUACUUAGAGCUUAUUGGAAGCAUUUCAAAUUGCAUUUUUGUGCUUUUUAACUGCUUUUGAAUUUGUGUUGUACAUUGUUUAGAGAUUAUAUUAUCUGAAGAUGUGUUCUGGGCAAACAUGUUUUUCAUCCCAAUUAUACCCUACAUGCAAAUGUAUAAGAGACUGUUCUUAUGUUAAGAAAAAAAAAAAAAGAUAAAUUGACAGAUUUAUUUGAUUGACUGAUUGAAUGACUUGGUCGAGGCUUCUUUUGUUAAGUAAUCUCAUUUAUUUCAGGUAUUAUUCUUAAAACAGUAUGGUGCUGUACCAAAGCCUUAUGUACAAUAUUAUUAUGAUGUAUUGUUUGAUUCUUCUGCCACUGCUAAGGAAUUCUCCAACAAAUUGCUACAACUCUGAUUAUAAAACAAGGUGCAGUGUGCCUCUAUCUUCUCGUCUUUUGAUUAGUAGGCCUACUUCGUAGUAUGUUUCAUGGGCAUUCGGUGUCUCCACAUGCUCAGAUGUUAAGAUAUGGUGCCUGGUGUGUCUUCAUGCUGCUAGGAGUAAAUGUUAAAGAUGUAUUGGAUCUGUACUACCAACUUCUGAAGUAUGACAUUGACCUCCACAAUAACUCAGCUGGACACUUUGAUUCUGCAUCUUGAUAUUAAAAGGGAACCUGCAGUAAGGAAUUACAUUUUUAGAGAAUAAAGAAAAUCCCACUGUUAUUUUUAUUCAAUUGCUUUAAUAAAACUUUUUUUUUACAUGAAGGCUAUUAUUGCUCUAGAAUAAGACCCAAAAUCAAAAAGAAUAUGCUAUCCUGACAAAUGAAUUGUUCUUCGAGAGUUACGUCAAUGAAACAUAUGGAGUGUUAAAUAUGUGUGUGUGAGUGUGUGCUGUUUUUAACAGCCCAACUGAAGUUAUGUAUUGGAGCCGUUCAAUUUGCAUUGUUUACAUCACCAGAUGCCCAGAUAUGCACAUUUUGGCAAGCUCUAUUAGGUUGACAUUUUUCAACGCUUUGGUCCAUGUAAUAACCCCGUAAAACUUUUUUGUAUUUUGAUAUAAUAAAAAAAAAUAUAUGAGA